AUGGGCAACCGAGCGAAAAUCCGGGAUCGGUCCAACAAGAGCGUACAUGCAAAGGCCGCUGGAGCCUUUGGCGAAUUCGAAGUCCUUGAAGACAUCUCCCAUCUCACUGACGCCGACUUCCUCACGGGCAUCGGCAAAAAGACGAAGCUACUUACACGAAUCUCGACUGUCGGCGGUGAGAAAGGAUCCAGCGAUACCGUCCGUGAUGUGCGCGGCUGGGCAACCAAAUUCUACACCGAAGAGGGUAUCCAGGACUUUGUCUUUAACGACCUGCCCGUGUUCUUCAUCCGUGACCCAAUCAAAUUUCCAUCCAUGAACCGGAGUCACAAGAGGCAUCCCCAGACCAAUGUUCCGGAUAACACCAUGUUUUGGGACUUUCACCUGAACAACCCAGAGGGUAUCCAUGCUCUGAUGCACCUCUUUGGACAGCGUGGUAUUCCUGCGUCGCUGAGAAACAUCAACGGCUUUAGUGUUCAUACCUAUACCCUCAACAAGGCGGAUGGUAGCUAUGUCUACGUCAAAUGGCACUUUCGCCCACACGACGGAAUCAAGACAAUGGAUGCAGACACAGCUCAGCGACUAGCAGGCUCCGAGCCUGACUACCACGUUAAAGAUCUCUUCAAAGCCAUCGAGAAAGGUGAUUUCCCGUCUUGGGGUGUUUACAUCCAGGUUAUGCAACCUGAUGAAGUUGAGAAUGCGCCGAUUGAUAUUUUUGAUGACACAUAUACUUGGCCUUUUGAGAAGUAUCCUCUCAGGCUUAUUGGUAAAAUCACCCUUAACAAGAAUCUCAACAAUUACUUCCAAGACUUGGAACAGGCCUGCUUCUCACCUUCCAACAUGGUUCCUGGUAUUGGACCAUCAGCGGAUCCCGGUAUUUAUAGACCCCUCCACGGUGACAUCCAGAGACUAACUGGAGAAAAGUACUGCAAGCAAGAAUGUUUAGCUACCCAGAUGCUCAUCGCUACCGUCUACGCCCCAUAUGUCCGCGACGGCCCAGGCACCAUCAACGGUAACUACGGAGGCGACCCAGACUAUGUCGGCUCUGAGCUUCGACCCGUGACUAUGAGCAAACGAGUCCAAGUGCCUACCCACGAGAAUUGGUCUGGCCAUGUCACCGCUUUCGCAACGUCAAUCACGGAUAAGGACUUUGAGCAACCUAGAGCGCUGUGGAAGAUUAUUUGCAAAGAGCCAAACGGCAAGGAACAGUUUUUGCAUAAUAUCCUUCCGACGUUGGGUGAUAUCCCCGAUCAAAUGAAGGACCAGGUGAUUGAGUAUUUCGGGCGCGUUGAUGGGGAUCUCAAGGCUUGUCUAAAAGAGGGCCUUGGCAAGUGA